GUGUGCUAUAGUCGAGUUCUGAGUUACUAGUGUGGAGUGUCGUUAGUGAAGUAAAGUAGUUAAAUGCUAAAAUGGCCGAUUUCAACGAUAUAAAUUCACACAGUAUGACAGAAAAUAAUAUUUCAAAACGUUGUAAUAAUCAAUGGGUUCGUUUAAACGUCGGUGGGACGUAUUUUUUAACAGCAAAAACAACAUUAGCACGAGAUCCAAAUUCGUUUCUCUAUCGACUAUGUCAAGAGGACUCCGACCUCAUUUCUGACCGGGAUGAAACGGGAGCUUAUCUGAUAGAUAGGGAUCCAACGUACUUCAGUCCAGUCUUAAAUUACCUCCGUCAUGGAAAGUUAGUGAUAAAUAAAGAUCUCACUGAAGAAGGUGUACUCGAGGAGGCUGAGUUUUAUAAUAUCACUGAAUUAAUAAGACUUGUUAAUGAAAGAAUUAUUUUGAGAGACACACGACCGACUCGUGAUUCAAAAAAACAUGUUUAUCGAGUAUUACAGUGCCAUGAAGAUGAGAUUACACAAAUGGUAUCCACCAUGUCUGAUGGUUGGAAAUUUGAGCAGCUAAUUAAUAUUGGUUCACAAUACAACUACGGAAAUGAAGACCAUGCUGAAUUCUUAUGUGUUGUAAGUCGCGAAUAUGGACCAAGUCAAUUGACAAGUAAAGAGCAGGAAUCCACCGAUCGUGUAAAGGUGUUGCAGCAAAAGGGUUCAAGAAUGUAAUCAUUACAUACUAUGAUUUCUUCCUCUGUCCAGUCCACUAUUAUUUUUUUUUAAUAUGAUAUGAAAUAAUUUAAAUAUUCGAUCCGCUAAUAUAUAUAAUAUAUAUAUUUCUAGUAAUACAUCUCUCUAGUUACGCGAAGACUGUUUUAUGUUUUUCUUGUGAUUAAUUUUAUUUACAAUUAAUAAUCGUUACUCAAUGAUAAUUUUUCUCGUUAUUUAUUUUUUAUUGUCUAUAUAUUAAUAUUAAAAUAAAAAAUAAUAAAAAUACGAGAUAGAUUAAAAAAAAAGCAAGUUAUAAAAAUCUUUGUCAUUUAACAUUUAGUAACAAGGACAAUAUCGAUUUACACGAGUUAAUAGGAUGUAAAUUUAUACAAGCGAAAUCGUGACGAUCUAUUAGGUUUAAAGCUAAGAUAAAACAUAUUAUUCGAAAUUUAAAAAUUUUCCGAUAGAUAUUAAGAAUAAAAAUUUUGUACUAAAUUAUUGUAAAAAAAAAAUUUAGAAAAAAAAAAUUGA